GUUAUGCCUUGCCAAACCAAACAACAGACAGGUGUCUCUAGUACAUACCACUGGCUCAAAAGAAAGACUCAAAGAAGACUUUCAACUGAACAUUCAGGAUAUGAUCCCUCUGGUGUUGAGAGAUCCACAAACUUGUGAAUUAUGAAUAGCAACAUAUCCCAGCUAGAUAACGAAACAAUACGGAUGCUUGAGAACCGAACCAUUGCUGUGGUCCUCCCAAUCGUGUACUCGUUGGUGGCCCUCAUCAGCAUCCCUGGGAAUCUCUUUUCCCUCUGGGUGCUUUGCCGAACCAAACCCAAAUCACCUUCUGUCAUUUUUAUGAUCAACCUUUGCAUCACUGACCUCAUGUUGGCUGUAGCUCUUCCUUUUCAGAUCUUCUAUCACCUGAACAACAAUAACUGGACCUUUGGGAAUGUCCUCUGCAACCUGGUGACAGUUGUCUUCUACACCAACAUGUACUCCUCCAUACUGACCAUGACCUGCAUCAGCGUAGAGCGGUUCCUGGGAGUUGUGUACCCCCUGACCUCUACUAGGUGGAGAAGGAAGAGAUAUGCGGUUUUGGCUUGUGUAGGCAUAUGGCUCCUUUUACUGCUUGCCCUGUCCCCCUUGGCUAUCACAGACCUGACCUAUGAAGUAAAAGCCCUGGGGAUCAUCACCUGCUUUGAUGUCCUCAAGUGGAAUAUGCUGCCCAGCCUUGCAAUGUGGGCCAUCUUCCUCUUCACCUUGUUCAUUCUUCUCUUCCUCAUUCCCUUCAUUGUGACUGUGGCCUGCUACACUGCCACCAUCCUCAAGCUGAUUCGGACUUCAGGAAGAUAUGGGAAUGGACAGAAAAGCCGGUCCAUCUGUCUCGCUGGCAUUGUCCUCCUCACCUUUGUCACCUGUUUUGCUCCUAACAACUUCAUACUCCUAGUGCACAUGGUCAGUCGCCUAUAUUUCAACAAGAGCUAUUAUCACAUCUAUAAGCUUACGCUCUGUCUCAGCUGCCUCAACAACUGCUUGGACCCCUUCAUUUACUACUUUGCCUCCAAAGAGUUUCAUCAGAAAUUAAGGAAGUUCCUCGGCAAAAAUGCGCUCUUCAGUGAUAGCUCAGAAGCCAGAAGGGAAAGUUUAUUCUCUGCCAGGACACUGUCAGGCCGGUCAAUGUCAAGCGGACAGGGGGAAGGGUCAGCUGGAGGCAGCCGGGCCUGUUUGCAAAGGCAGGAAAGUUUGUUUUAAUGAUAGUAUGUGAGCCAGAAGGGCAAAGCUGAGGCCCAUGAGAGACGAAUGUGAAAGAAUGAAGGUAAAAAGCCCAUCUUUUUCAGGUUUGAAAAAGGCUUGAGGUUUCCUCUCUUGUUAUUAGAGGCAGUAAAGGUCCUUUCUUGAGGAGGUGGCUAAAAUGAGCUAAAGUGGAAAUACUUCCUAUUACAUCAGGCACAGAGUACCCUGUGGGCUUCAAAGGCAUGGAUUCCUGAAAAGAAAAAAAAAGGAAAAGCAAAGCAGUGAGAAAUAAUCAGGUCCAUUCUCUGGGUAGGAAGUCAGAGAUUAAAUACUUCUUAACCUGGAGAGACAGAGAAGAAUGCCUUUCACAGACUCAGCUACUUUCCUACCUCUGUCUCAACUACAGAUUCUCCUUCAGCAGGACUGUGCUCAUAGCCCUUGACAUACCAGAUACAUCCUCCCCUCCUGGCCCUGUCUUAGGGUCAAGUGUUGGACUAGAUGACCCCCGAGAUCCUUCCAGCUCUAAAGCUAUGAUCAUAUGACUUUAUGUGCUCACACAGCCAGGUUUUUCCUUGUCAUUUGUCGUUUGGGAGUGUUUUCUGAUAAAAAGACUAAUCAAGCCACAGUGGAGGGUUAUAGAUGAGUGGGCAUUUUUUGAGUGGUAAAGGCAUUGGCCAGGUCCAACCAUCCCUAAAGACCAAGCCACCACACAGGUCAUGAGCAAUCCACAUUGGGUGUUCACCAAGAACUGACAAGAUGACCCAUGACACCAGACUGUCUUUGCUGUGGUAAAUUUCUGCAGCCAUGGAAAGACAUGGUUUGAGAGUUCCUUGUUUGGGGUAUGCCACAUCCUCUAUGAAAAAAACAAGAGAAAGCUACAUGCUAAGUAGUGUCUCCAAGUGUACAAUGUGGUAUCAGGUGCACCAUUCUAACUGUAUCGGAUCAGCAUUAACAGAGCUGCCCUUAGAGCAGCCUCUUGCCACUAGACUUGACAAUUCUCUCAUAUGCCUGAUGGUAAAAUCAGGCUCUUUGUGUGCUCCUGAGCCUUUUGAUGUGGUUUAAGUUUCCUGACAUAUGUCUUUCUAUACCUAAGUCUUCCUCUUUCUGAGAGUUGCCAAUUUGUGACAUUUAGCUAAAUAAUAUUGCAGAGAUGAACCAAGCUGACCUCACUGAAAGUUAAUGUGGUUAUGGUGGGCAAUGAAAACUGGGGGGGGGGGGAAGGAUGAUAGCCUAUGGGUAAGUGAGGCAAAGGGAUUGGUCUAUCCUUUGCUUGCAAAGCUCUAGAGUUAGGAAUAUACUAGGUAUAAGACCCAGCCCUGCUAAAAUGGUAUCAAGAGCUAAAAGGCAUAAAAAGAGAGGGGGGUGGGGAAAUGGUGAAGGAGGGGAGAAAUUAGAUGUAUGAUUUCAUUUGUAUAUAGACCUCUUAGUGAGUAAACUCACAGACCUUCCCCUAACCCAAGGAUUUUUCCACAGCAGGAGUAAAAGAGAGGGAAGAGAGUGGGCUGAAGUUGGAAUCAGAGAACUAUAAUACUGGGAGGCCGAGGACUGGUAGUCAGAAAAACCUGGGUUCUGGUCCUAGAUACACCAUUGGCUUAUUAUAUAACUUUGGAGAAUGUACACUCAUGAUGAGCCAACUAUGGAUGUCCUGCUUGUUUAUCCGGAAUUGACUCUCACAGAGGGUACACCUUGUGUUAAGCCAUUUGUCUGAAUGGGAACCCUAUCCACCAAAAGAGUUUCCUCCUCUGUAAAAUGAAAUGAUUAUCCUAGAAGUUCUCUGAGGCUGCUGAUAGUCUAUGUUUUAAGCUAGAUUAUGGUCCUUCUUCUGCUCUACAGACUCCCCUUUAUCUGAAGUUUGUGAAUUUUUAUAAGGAUUAGCCAUCACAUAAGGGCACUAAUAAACUGAGAUGUGCCAAUGUUUCUGAAUGUCAAUCUAUUUUUCAUUGUAUAUUGUUGGGAUUAUCAGGGCAGGAGAACGUUCUGUUGCUCUUGACCUUAUACCAAUAGAACAUGAAAAUACCUGCAGUGUUGGAUGGGGGUUGAGGAAAGUUCGUGGAAACAGAGUCACAAUUAUGCCAGGACAACUGGGGCUGUGUCCCAGGGAACUGAUAUCAAAGGUGAUGCUGCUCAUUCUGAGCUAAGACCAACCUCCCUUCCUUACUUAGUUAUAGGGCCACAACCUUCCACCUACAGCAUCUCUCCCAUGUCCCUCUUGUGGUUCCUUUUGCCAUUACUGCAUUGGGACCAACCAAGGCGAAUCACCCUCUGUCACAUGGCCAAACCUGAGGCCCUAACAUCUGUGGGUUGUCCAAGAUCAUCAAGGCAACCGAGAUCAGGGACAAUGAACUUGUCCCUGCUGCUUGAAUUCCUAGUUUAUACCUAUUAACAUGAGAAGAGAGCAAAAUGCAAUGUUGUUUUGUUAUCCAAGAUACUAUACUGAUGGUUUUGCUUAGCAGGAUAGAAUUUUACCAAACGUCUUAGCAAAAGAAGUCUUCGCCUGGUUUGCAAGUCACAGAAGAAAAACUGCAUGACCCUGUGGUGAGCUGUGCAAAUAAAAAGCAUGCCAGGUGUGUGUAUAUGCUUGGGGGAGGAGGUGACGAAGAGAAGGGGAAGCAUGCCUACCCAACCAGCAAAAAAUUGUGUAAAAUAGAUGUCACUUGUUCUGAAUACAAAAUACAAUUGGACAAACCUUGCUAUGGCCAAGAUCUGCUGUAGAGUGACCCUGGAGUCAGAAGAAAAGGCUUUACAUUUUGCAUACUGUUCUUUUAUUUGAAAUGCUAAUGUUGACUGCAUGUUAUUGUCUACAGCAGGCAUUCAUUCUGUUUGGUUUGGGUGUUCAUGCAGAAGGCUCAGCGUGGGGAACUUAUA